AAAAACGGUUCGGAAUAUUAGAAACAAGACUAGCAGCUCUUCACUUAGUUCUCGUGCACCUUCAAGGAGUCGUUCAAAUACACCGGAUCCCGAUAGAUCUAAUAACCAAAUAAGACGAAAACCUAGUCCACAAUUGCCACCAAUUGAUGCUGAUGCUGAUGAAUAUGAAAUGAAACCACUUAAAGAACCACUCACGAGUAGUAAUUUUAUUCAUAUAGGAAUUCCUGGUGAAAUAAAUCUUCCAAGUGCUAAUGUGCGUGAAACAACAAUUGGUGUGUUUCAUAUAUUUAAUCCUACCGAUAAUAUAAUUACGUGGGGGUUUGCUCAGGUUGAUAGACCUUUGUUUCGUCGUUUGGGAACCGCUACAAAUGCGGCACAAAAAGUAGAUGAUGAAAUUUUUUAUAUCACAAAAUUGGGUGGUGUUUUAAGGCCAAAAAAUGCAGAGAGGGUUGAUGUAAAAUUUCGGCCUAUGGGAGUAGGAACAUAUAUGCAAACCUUCGUUUUAGAAGGAACAACGGAAGGUGGAACUAAUGGUGUAGAUGCAGUUAGCAUGAAAUUUCAAGGGGUUGCGACGGAAAAUACCUUUAGUUCAUUAUUGCAAAAACACCGAGCUCCUAAGAAGGAAGUAAAAUUUGAAGUUGAUGAGACAGAAAUUCGCAUUCCAGCUACAAGAGUUGGGAAACAGCGUUCAAUGGGAAUUAAAAUAACUAAUACUGCUAAAGAAACAGUUAGACUUCAUUGCAAAUGCGAAACAACAACAGGCCCUGGAGGCAAGUUUGUUUUAUCACUUCCUAUGAAUAGUGUUGUAGUUAAACCUGAAGGUAUCUCCAUUAUACCUGUACGAUUUCAACCGAGAGCGGUUGGUGAAGUAAAGGGCGUUGUCACGAUACAUGCCAAUAAUGCUGAAGUUAAAGUGGAUGUAGUAGCAAAAGGAAUCUUAGAUGCAA